CAAAACAGCUCGAGUCAGUAUUACGACAACCCUUGAUUGAGGCUUCAUCACAUGCGCCAUCGCUUUAAAGAAAGCGGCUCCCUUCACUGCUUUCUCUCUCUCACACACACUCCACUCCACUAAGCUACUGCGCGACGCUUUGGAGUCUCACGGUCUAGCAGCCACCGACGCCACUGCCGUCGCGCUUCCCCCGUCCGAUGUAUCUCUUGUUCGCUCCUCCCCGCCGCCUCUUCCCCGUUCUCUUUCUCCUUCUCCACCGCCGUGAUCUAGCGCUCCUGCUGCUGUCGCUAACUCUGCUCGCACCCCCUGCCGCACCUCACCAGAGCUCAUCUUUUUCCGGCAGUGUCGCCCUCACCGAAUGGCGCUCCGCCCACGCCUCCUACUACGCCGUCUUCGACCCGCUCGACACCGUCGGGGGUGCGUGUGGGUACGGGGACUUGGGGAAGAGCGGGUAUGGGAUGGCCACCGCGGGGCUGAGCGAGGCGCUGUUUGAAAAGGGAGCGGCUUGCGGAGGAUGCUACGAGGUGAGGUGUGUGGAGGAGCUUCGGUACUGCCUGCCUGGGACCUCUAUGGUGCUCACCGUCACCAACUUCUGCGCCCCUAACUACGGUCUCCCUGCCGACGCCGGUGGGAUCUGCAACGCUCCUAACCAUCACAUCCUCAUGCCGAUCCAGGCCUUUGAGAAGAUCGCCAUUUGGAAGGCCGGAGUCAUGCCCAUACAGUAUCGCAGGGUGAAAUGUGUAAGAGAAGGCGGCGUUCGCUUUACCAUCGAUGGCAAGGGAUUCUUCUACAAUGUGCUGAUCAGUAAUGUUGCAGGUGCAGGUGACAUUGUUGCUGUGAAAAUUAAGGGGUCGGCAACUGGAUGGCUUCCUAUGGGUCGGAAUUGGGGCCAAAUUUGGCACAUUAGUGCUGACCUACAGGGCCAAGCACUGUCAUUUGAGGUCUCCAGCAGUGAUGGUGUUACUCUCACCUCCUACAAUGUUGCCCCUAAGAAUUGGGCUUUUGGCAAGACUUAUGUGGGCAAGCAAUUCCCAUUCUGAAUAUAAGUAUCCAUUGUUUUCCUUCUUCUUGUACUUGUAUUUUGUCUGUACACAUUUGAGAACCAAGUUACUAACGAAGAAAUCCAAUUUUCUGUAUUCA